CGCUACAUUGGCGAUGCGUUGGCGCUCAGUGCAAAACGAAGCACUGAAGGUGUCAGUUGGGCUCCCGACGGUUUAACUUUUAGCUCCCACAGCGAACGCAGUUCUCAGCGAUUUUGACGCAAAUUAUAAACGUCAGCAACUUUUGAUCCAAGAGCGUGGCAUUGAUAGCGAGCAACAGGAUGCUGGCACUGCCUCUGCUGACUCUGGCGGUCCUCGCCAGCUGCGGCUACACCGUGGACGCCUACUCCAAGUACGGCCGUGGAUGCGGGGACAUUGGCUGCCUGCCCACCGAGGAGUGCGUCAUCACCAGCGACUCGUGCAGCUACAACCAGCGGGACGGCAAGGAUUGCGGCAACUAUCCCACCUGCAAACGGCGCUCCGGCGGAGGAUCAUCCGCCUCGAAUAGCAGCCCCAACUUGGCAGCCCCCUCGGCCAAUCCGUCAGAGGUUAGCCAUAACGCAUACGCCCCGAAUGCGCCGAGUGCCCCGUUGCCGGAAGCGGAUGCGAGCGGUGGUGCUGGCUACGGUGGUGCUGCGGGCGGUGGUGGUGGCGGUGGUGGAAGCGGCGGAUAUGGUGGUGGCUUCUCGGCUGGCGGCCACUCCCUGUACCCCGCCCUACCCAACUCCAACGGCGGCGGUGGUGGUGCGGCGCCCUACAAUCCAUAUGGCGGUGGUGGCGGCAACGGUGGAUACGGCGGCUACAAUCCCUACAACGGCGGCUACCAGCCACCAGCUGCUGGCGGCUAUCAACCUCAAGCUCCUGGCGGAUACCAACCCAGACCUGGCUACACGCCACCCGCCCCGGGCUACGAGAACAACGGUGGUGGUGGUGCCCAGAAACCCAAGGACAAGGAGGGCGGCUUCUUCUCCAACUUCUUCUCGAAUCCGGCGGUGAGUCAAGCGGUGUCUGGUAUCAUUGCAGGCCAGAUAGCCAAGCAACUGCAGGGCGGCGGAGCCGGAGGAGCCGGUGGUGGUCAGCCGGCUAGUGGAUACCAGCCAAGCGGUGGCUAUGGCGGAGGAUCGGCAGCAGGAGGUGGCGGCGGCGGCGGCGGUGGAUCCAGUGGCAGUAACAUCCUUGGAGGGCUCUUGGGAUCCGUUCUAACCGGCGGCGGUGCCAAUGCAGGCGCUGGCGGCGGCGGUGGCGCCAGCAGCUUCCUGGGCAGCCUGCUCAGUGGUGGAAACUCCAACAGAGGUGCUCAGCAAGGAGGCGGAGGUUCUGGCGGACUGGGCGACAUCUUCAGCUCAAAGAACUUCGGCGGCCUCUUCAGCGAGAAUCCCUCGUCCAGGGGCGGCGGCUCCUCCUCCUCCUCCUCCUCCGAUGGAGGAGCCAGGGGCUAUCCCACCCAGGCACCGGGCAACUACUACGGCUAAGCUGCUACGGCUGAAGUAGCCUAGCUUUCCACGUGGAGAUCGAGUUUAGAGUCUUCUUUUAAAAAGGUCUUUUUUCGUCCUUUGGCAAUGUAAUCAAAUGGAGAACUUUCAACGAAAUUAACUGAAACAAUAUUGAAACAUAUAAGCAUAUUAUACGAAACUAUUAAUGACGAUAUACAAAUACAAUACAUAUAUACAAGCAUAUAUACUCGAAAACUGAGCAAAAAAGUCACUUGUAAUUUGAGAUACCGUGCGCGUAGAAUCCCCCAGAUCCCCCAGAAACAACAGAUCCCAAUUCGGAGUUCAUUUGUAAAUAGAAAAGUAACUGAUAUUGAAUUUGAACAAGAUAAUAUACGUAAGAUUUGAAAGCCA